AUGCCAUCAACAAAACAACUAAUACAUAUUGGCUUUGACCUGGUACUUGUAUCUGUUAUUCUUGCUGGUGUAAGAAGGAAUACGGGUUACGUACUAAACUACGAAUCGUCUGAUCUCAGGAACUAUAUUCAGAAGUAUCUCAAUUGGGGAGAGUAUUUCUUUGAUCAUCUAACCGAGCUAGUGAAAAGAUCCUCAUACUUUAAAAAGCAGUCGAGGUCAGAUGGUCUGUUUGGGGGUAUUGGAAAGGAUUUAUCAGCUGGUAAACCUGCUGGAGAAGCCCUGGACCACCAGUACACACCAAAAUUAGCACAUUUGGAUUAG